AUGGACACCAUGUUGACGGGUACCGAAGAAGCCGUGGCCUACCUGGAAGAACUCAUUGUCAUUGGCUCAAAUUUGGAUGAAGUGUCAGCCGAAUCUAAUAUUAUCCAAGACGGCCUUCGCCCAGAUCCGGACAACAGCGAAGCCAUCAAACAGAUGCCACCACCAGCGGACGUUAGUUCUUUGUGCCCUUUCUUGGGUCUCAUGAGUCACUACAGCUCGUUCCUCCCGGAAAUGUACCGCCUUCGUCAUCCGAUGAAUCAACUACGCAAGAAAGACUCCAAGUUGUUCUGGUCGCGAGGGCGCAAACAAGCUUUUGAAGGAGUGAGAACAUGUUGA